GAUAAAUUUUCCAAAUGUCACAAAGGUCAAAAGCAUUUAAAUGACUACAUAUGACCUACCACGAUAUAGUGUGAACGUUAAAUUGUACGUCGUAACUGAAUUAAAUCUAAAAAGCUACUAAAGUGCACCAAUCAAUUUGAGUUAUGCGAACUAAUUUUAGUAGUUCAUUUUUAUAAUAUAUUUGUUAAACGUCAAAAGUGUUCAAAAUAUAAACUUGGGCGUAUACUGUUAUUGUUUAUGUUAAUCUAUUUGAAUAAAUUCGUCACUUUUAAGUUACAUUCGUUUCCCAGCGCAUAAGAAAAUCACAAAUAUCUUAAAAAAUACAAAACUUCUAUAAUGUCGAAAGAGGCUGCACCUCAUGAGUCAAACCACCAACUCGAAAAAGCCGAAAAUCGGAGAGUGUGUCAAUGUGCACAUAGAUAUAUAUACAUGUACAGUGUUCAUAAUGCCCCAAAGGCAAUUCGUUUGGCCUUCCUUCGAAAAGUUUUUGGAUUAUUAAUAACGCAACUUAUUCUCACGUUUGCAGUCGUUGCAACGUUUACUCUCAAUGAACAAGUUAAGAUCUUAUUACACUCUUUCUUAAAAAAAUACCCUGCCACAGUUUUAAUUUUGUCUUCCAUAAAUUUGUUUAUUCUAAUUACUCUGUGCUUCUACAGAAAAAGAACUCCAAUUAAUUUUAUCUUACUGAUUAUUUUUACAAUUAUUGAUGCAGUGGCUUUAGGAUUUAUUGCCUUGUAUUUUUCUGAAACAGUUACUAUUGUCAAAGCCCUUAUAUUAACAGGAAUAGUUGUCACGAUCUUAACAGUCUUUACGUUUCAGUCGAAACGUGACUUUUCUGCUUAUUAUACAGCGUUGUUUGCUGUUUUGGUAAUUUUCUUCAUUGGUGGAUUCUUCAUCGCAGCAGUUAAGUCUGAAGUUCUGGACACAAUAUAUAGUGUGGUUGGUGCACUUCUCUUUUGCUUGUACAUCAUCAUCGAUUUGCAGAUUAUAAUGAAAAAAAUUUCCCCAGAAGAAUAUAUUUUUGCCACUAUUAGUUUAUAUAUGGAUAUCCUUAAUGUCUUUGUGUACAUCUUACGUAUAUUCGCUUCGAAUAGGUAGGGAAAGUGUUAUACGGUAUGUACUUAAAUUUUAUGACCUACACAUACCGUAUAUUUACGUAAUUUUCAUUUAAAACUUAGCUGUGUGAUAGUGAUAUGUGUAGUAUUGUGUAGACCUACUAUUUUAAAUAAAAGAGAUUUUAAUUUUAGAUUUAGAAAUAAUACAGUAUUAUAUUAAUAAAUAAUAAUAAUAAAUAAAUAAAAAUACGGGUAAAUUGAGGAUGGAAAUUUCAGGGAAUACAUCAAAUCCAUCCAGCCCUUUUAUACAUAUAUUGUGUGUAAUUUUGUAUGUGUUCAUUUUCUCAAAGUAUUCUAUACUAAUGUGAUUUUCAUUAACUAGUCCUAUAAGAUUAAUAUAAUAUAUAUAUAUAUAUAAAUGUUUGUUCAUGUCUUGUUGGAAAUAUAUAUGUUUGUAUGCAUGCAUUUAUGUAUAAUUAGUGAAAAGAAUAAAACAAUAAUCACAAAA